UUCGGCUUGGAAAAUCCCACCGCCAAAAUUGAGCCCAGCAGCUGGAGCGGCAGCGAGAGCCCUGCCGAAAACAUGGAAAGGAUGAGUGACUCUACAGAUAAGCCAAUUGACAAUGACGCGGAAGGGGUCUGGAGCCCUGACAUCGAGCAGAGCUUUCAGGAGGCCCUGGCUAUCUAUCCACCAUGUGGGAGGAGGAAAAUCAUCUUAUCAGACGAAGGCAAAAUGUAUGGUAGGAAUGAAUUGAUAGCCAGAUACAUCAAACUCAGGACAGGGAAGACGCGGACCAGAAAACAGGUGUCUAGUCAUAUACAGGUCUUAGCAAGAAAGAAAGUUCGAGAAAUUCAAGCCGCCAUUAAGGUGUCUAGUCACAUUCAGGUUCUUGCCAGAAGGAAAUCUCGUGAUUUUCAUUCCAAGCUAAAGGUAACAAGCAUGGAUCAGACCGCAAAGGAUAAGGCCCUGCAGCACAUGGCGGCCAUGUCCUCAGCCCAGAUCGUCUCGGCCACUGCCAUUCACAACAAGCUGGGGCUGCCUGGGAUUCCACGCCCGACCUUCCCGGGGGCGCCAGGGUUCUGGCCCGGAAUGAUACAAACAGGGCAGCCAGGAUCCUCGCAAGACGUCAAGCCCUUCGUACAGCAGGCCUACCCCAUCCAACCAGCGGUCACGGCCCCCAUUCCAGGGUUUGAGCCUGCGUCAGCCCCAGCUCCCUCGGUCCCCGCCUGGCAGGGUCGCUCCAUUGGCACAACCAAGCUUCGCCUGGUGGAAUUUUCAGCUUUUCUCGAACAGCAGCGAGACCCAGACUCGUACAACAAACACCUCUUCGUGCACAUUGGGCAUGCCAACCAUUCUUACAGUGACCCAUUGCUCGAAUCAGUGGACAUUCGUCAGAUUUAUGACAAAUUUCCUGAAAAGAAAGGUGGCUUAAAGGAACUGUUUGGAAAGGGCCCUCAAAAUGCCUUCUUCCUCGUAAAAUUCUGGGCUGAUUUAAACUGCAAUAUUCAAGAUGAUGCCGGGGCUUUUUAUGGUGUAACCAGUCAGUAUGAGAGUUCCGAAAAUAUGACAGUCACCUGUUCCACCAAAGUUUGCUCUUUUGGGAAGCAAGUAGUAGAAAAAGUAGAGACGGAGUAUGCAAGGUUUGAGAAUGGCCGAUUUGUAUACCGAAUAAACCGCUCCCCGAUGUGUGAAUAUAUGAUCAACUUCAUCCACAAGCUCAAACACUUACCAGAGAAAUAUAUGAUGAACAGUGUUUUGGAAAACUUCACAAUUUUAUUGGUGGUAACAAACAGGGAUACACAAGAAACUCUCCUCUGCAUGGCCUGUGUAUUUGAAGUUUCAAAUAGUGAACAUGGAGCACAACAUCAUAUUUACAGGCUUGUAAAGGACUGAACAUGGUUAUUUAUAUAUAUAGAUAUCUGUAUAUACAUACACAUAUGUGCGCACACACACACUCUCUCUCGAACGACUGACUGUAAACCUCACCACACAGGGUGGUGCCCUGGCCCCCGAGGUCACCCCAACUUUUCUAAAUCCUG